AUGUGCCGGCGCGUCACCUGAUGAGCAACGGCGAGAUCAUCAAGUUUCGGAUGGAGAUGUCGCAGCGAGUGACGCAUCAGCUGGUGACGCACAUCUUCGCCAUCUACGUGCAGGAGGUGUUGGGCUACCAGGGCGUAGAGUUGCUUGUCAGCCGCGACAACUUCAACACGACACACUACCUGUCGCGUCUCACCGAAUCUACCAACAGUAUCGACUCAGUACCAGACGUGAUAGCGAACUUGGAGCUGUGGUUGCCGCCCGAAACGAGUCUGUACUCACAGAAAGUUCAUGACCAUUUCAGGGAAGCUGGUAACUCUGGACCUCCUGGAAGAUUCGGGUGGUUCUUCCCGCGCCGGCACCUAGGCGCCACGCCGACCAUGGACCACUACUCGGUGCUUCAGUCGCCGAACAGCUCGGCGAUAUUCGCCGUCGGCGCCGGCGAGUUGGAGGCGUUGCGACGGCGCUAUGCAGUGAACGCCACGAGCGGCAAAUAUUUCUGUGACGCCGACGUCUGCAAGGAUGGCGUCUUCACGCCCAAGCAUGCAACCAGUUUUGUGGUGGAGCACAUCAACCACCUGGGCCUGUUCGUGCAAGUGCUGUGGGUGGGAGACAACCUGGAGAGUGCCGUUCAAGACAUGCACAACGUGCUGGAGACGGAAGAGGCCGCACUACACGCACGGCAACGACGGUCGGACGAGGCCGCACUAGAAGAAAGCCGGUGGUUGUCGGACGAGGCCUUGCUACACGGACCGCAUCGAAGGUCGUUUGUGUUCCUGCACUGGACGCCAUCGCGACUGGUCGUGCCCGAGGACGACCGCUACGUCUCGGUUGCGUUCCCGCCGUGCGAAUCGCUGUCGUCGACGGCUGCGGACGGCUGCAAGUACGACCUCAAUCGACUCGUCAAGAUCAUCUGGUCAAGGCUCGAUAAGGCUGGGCCCUAUAUACAUAAUGCACUGAUCAACAUGGAGUUUAAGGCGAGCGAUUACCGCGACCUGUUGCAGCGAUACGAGCGCGGCCUGGCGUUGGGUAGGGGCAUCUACGACGUGGCCUGUGAUUGGAUGCGCGACAACCUCGCUGUCUACGAGCGCUGGACAGCCGAAACUGUCGACGUCAGCGAAUUGUACAUUGGCGGCAUAUUCCCUGUGCUCAUACCUGAGUACAACGGCCAGGGUAUACUGUGGGCGUCGAAGAUGGCGGUAGACGCAGUGAAUGCCAACAGUUCGGUGUUGAGCGGCUACAAACUGACUCUUCUUCCCAAGGAUGGCAAGUGUCGCUCGGAUGCCGUCAUUAAGAGUUUCGUUGAGUUCAUCAAAGCUGAUCGAUUCCCCAAACUGGCUGGCAUUUUAGGUCCAGCUUGUUCGGACUCAGUGGAGCCGCUGGCAGGAGUGGCCACCAUCUACAAGACAGUCGUCAUGAGUUACAGCGCAGAAGGAUCCAACUUUUCCGACCGCGUCAAGUAUCCCUACUUCUUUCGAACUAUCGGAGAGAAUUAUCAGUAUACGUUUGUGUACAUGCAGCUGAUGAAGAAGAUGAAGUGGCAGCAGGUGGCAGCCAUCACUCAGGACGGCACCAAGUACGGCCAAUACAUCUCCAAGCUGCAGGACAAGUUCACCGAGAACAAGAUGCGAUUCCUGUCCAACCGCAAGUACCCCGUCGACCGGGAGCGCGGAUCCAUGCGGAAGUACCUGUUGGAAAUCAAGAAGGCGAAGAUAAUAAUCGCUGACAUCUACAACGACGCGGCGCGCGACGCGAUGUGUGAGGCGUACAAGCUGGGCAUGACUGCGCGCGAGGGCUAUGUGUGGUUCCUCCCCAUGUGGAUGAACCCGCACUGGUACAACACCACCUACUACAACCAAGUUAACAACGAGAACGUCUCCUGCACCACUGACCAGAUGAUCAAGGCGAUCAACGGCCACCUGGGUCUGACGUUUGCGCACUUUGGCCGCGACUCUGACGUCACCCUGGAGAACAGGACGGUGAGCGAGUGGAAGAAGGAGUACCGCGACAUCCUGGCCAAGAAGCGCGACGAGGAGUCCAUCUACAGUGGCUAUGCCUACGACGCCGUCUGGACCUACGCCCUGGCGCUCGACAAACUGCUCAACCUAAACUCGUCAUAUCUGUCCAAUCUGCACAACGAGGACACUGUCAAACUGCUGGUGCAGUUCAUAGCGGACACGGACUUCAUGGGUGUUUCGGGCCGAGUGCAGUUCAAGGGUCGCUCCACGCGGCUGUCUGACAUUCACGUGGUGCAGUGGCUCAACAACAAGACGCACAUUGUUGGCACUUUCCAUCCCAACGACUCGGAUCCCGACGGUGGAGUGUGAGUCAUACAAUUUGAAUAUACACAUUUCAUAUAACCUCACGUAAAACGUACCAUGAUCUUUAUAAAUCGCCAAUCCACAAACUCCCACUACUUCUUUUUUCAUUCUAAAUUGUUGAUAUUCAUUCAUUAUUUAUCAAUUACUUUAUUGAGCAUAAUAUAUCUCUACAGAUCAUCAUCUGCCCUGUUGUCUUGUAACGUAAAAUAAAAAUUAUAACAAUGCUCGAUUUUGAUUACUUAUCGUUUUACUACGCUGUCUCCAAUAUAUUCCAUAAAUGCUAUAUUUAUUAUUCUCAAUCUACGUACUCAAUUAUAAAACAGCAAUAAACUUCUCACUAUUAAAUGAUUUAGUGGGUAAAUUAAAUUGGUAUUUUUAAUUAUAUUAUCAUAAAUAUUUAUUCUAUAGUGAAAGUGUUCCUUUUGGUAAAUAAACUGUGAUUUGGUUUUGAUCCCUGACCCUUGUUCACCAUUAAAAGCGAGUUUUGAAACUCCUACAUACUGAAAUAAUCUUAUGAGUUUAUUCAUUUAUUUAUUCGAGUAUAAUCUCUUUGGAGACAACCGUUGAACACCCAAUAGUUAUAAAAAGGAAAGAAGGAACAAAAAACCGUUCAUUACGAUCAAAAAGUAUUAACAAUUAUUAUGAAAAUUUAAAAAUUCAUGCAUCUUGAAUGGAAUAAAUGGAAAAUAGUGAAAAUGAUGAGGAAUAUUGAAAUUUUAUUGGUGGUUAUAGAUAGAUAGGCCUUUAUUCUUAGAUUAGAUUAGAUUAUUCGUUAAAGUUUUUAGAUUAGAUUAGAUUAUAAUAUAUAUAAUAAUUAUAGAUAAUAGUUAUAUUUAGAUUAGAUUAU